AAGCUAUUGCCAGUGGACUGCAGAGAGAUGGGCACUCUGUUUGCACUCACACUUCAAAGUAGCUGUGUCUACUGUUACCAAUGUUCAUUCACUUUGGUUUUUUUUUCUACUUCAGAGGAUAGUAGAAAAUGAGAAAAUAAAUGCAGAGAAAACAUCAAAGCAGAAGGUGGAUCUUCAGUCGUUACCCACACGUGCCUACUUGGAUCAGACGGUUGUACCUAUCUUGCUACAGGGACUUGCUGUUCUUGCAAAAGAGAGGUAAGACACUUCAGUGUUCCUUCUGUUCUUAGGAAAAAAAGUAGGUCUCAGACUUGAGUGGUAUGUCACCUUUUCAGACCUCACGCACCAGACACAGUUUUGUUAGUUUGCUAGUUGUAAGAAAGUCAUUACAGCAGGCUUAUGAACCUAUGAAUUACUACGAUUGACCGUGCAGGACGCGUUCCUCACUUGGGCGCAUUUGGCGUGAUGAGUUGUUUAUCGAAUGUGUGACCUCCUGAUGAGGCAUGCUACUGCAAAGGUUUUGGAAGGAAAAAUAUAUUUAUUUAUUUUUUUAUUAAUUUUAUCACCUAAUUCACCUUAUAGAAGCAAGGCAAGAAGUUGUUCUAGUUUUGAACAAAAUUUUUGUAGUGUGGAAUUAUGAAGAGUUCUGCUUGCUAUUUAAAAGACAGACAGACAAAUCGGGCCUGACUUGCAUCUUUGCUGGAGAUCAAAACACUUUCUAAAGGAUAAGGCUGACCCUGCACUGUCAACACAGUAAGAAGCAGGCUGAUAGUUUAUCCUUUGAGUAAACAUUGUGCUCUCAAGGUGCCCCGAAUUUUUUCUCAGCCAGUGUAGAAGGGUAUUCUCCAAUAACAGCAAACAUUUGUUCAUCUUACACCAAAAGGCUUGAAAUCAAUUUGGAUAUCUGAGCUAUUGGCGAGUCAUACUGCACAUAACUGUUCCUCAGUUUUGCCAAAAUAACGUUAUCAAAAGCUGGUAUGGAUGAUGGUAAUCACAUCAUGGUACCUACAGCCAGAACAACCAUCAACAGUGUCUCAACCUCAAAAGGAGUUGUGAACAUGAAUUGCAUUGUACAGACAGCUCGUUAGGCAAAAGAGCAUCUAGGAAGGUACACCCCACACCCCGUGGGCACACCUGAGCAGCGUGCGGAUCUUCAGCUGACACCUGUGGGAGCUCUGCUGCAGACCGAGUGUAAAACACAGCCUAAGGUGGAUACCCCGCACUUAGACUCUGGGUACUUGUGUGGCAGACAAAGGGGUUUUUUUAAUUAUUGUUUCGUACCUUUCUUCAAUAUGGAAGGAGCUGUUCGUUAUGGGGACUCAUCACAGGAGUGAAAUUGGAACAUUGAUAGAAGAUGUUAGGGAAAAGAGGAAAAAACCUUACGGUAUCAAACGGUCAAGGUCAAACUGCCUGUUCAGUUGAGCGUAUUAAAACCUCAGGGGUGAGAAAGCAGAGCUGGUAGUUCGGCUGUACAGUCUUCUGCUUAAAAUUGAACUGAAAAGUAACUAAUGGAUG